AUGGUCGCUGUGUCUCCACCGCGGCUCCUCUCCUGCGGACUCGCUGCAGCUCGUCUCCCCGUGGCCGCUGCUGCUCGCGGCCAGGCUCCGCGCACCCUGCCGCUUCCAUACCGGGAACGGGACUUCUGUCUGCCUGCCGUUGUCUGCUGCCUCUGUCCACCCUUCUCCCUGCCUCCACUCACGCUGCUGCACGACCAGGUGGGCGUGGUGGACUAUGCUCCGUACAAGGCCCUCUUCAUGCAGACUCUGUCCAGAGGUCGUUCCUGCUUCCUGGGUCUGCCCUGUCUGCCCUCUCUGUCCUGUCUGUCCUCUCUGCCCUGUCUGCCCCCUCUGCCCUCUCUGCGAGGUCACCCCCAGAGGAACUGGAAGAGGUCGCCAGAUAAGGCCAUGAGUGGAAGCAAGACGACUCUGGAGGAUCUGCCCAUCGUCAUCGGAGAAGAUAUAAAGUGUCUUCUCAGAUCCUUCUGGGACAAACUUCGAGCUCAGGACAUCACUGAGCAGGAGGCCAAGGCCAAGAUGGAGGACAUGUUCAUGGAUCUGAUCCGUGUGUCGGCCAAUGAGGUCCUCAGGGCGCUGGUGACCGGGAAGUGCCUUUAUGAGUGUUCCCCUGGUGAGGUGCAGGUGUCGCACACAGGAGUCAGAGCUUCUCUCAGCCCCAUCUUCAGAACCUUCCUGAAAACCAAGUCCACAGAUGAGUUCGUCGCCCUGGACCGAGUCAUCAAACUCCUCAGUGCAGAAGUGACUAAGACGGUCAACUCUGUGCUGAAGGACAACUGUGGCUUUGAGAGUCUGCUGCUGGUGGAGCAGAAGGACUGCUCCACAGCACGGAGCACUCUGCACCACAUCGCUGCUCAGGCUUCUAUGUUCCUGCCCCACAUGACCUUCUCCGACCAGUGGGACCGACUCAUCCAGGCCGAGAUCUCCAAAGGUCUCACUGAGAGCCACCUGAAAACAGAGGUGCUGGAAGUGGAGACGUCCAUCGAAGCCACUGAAGAGUCAGAACAGGAGAGAGCGAGGACAGAGGUCAGUGAGAGAAACCCUUCCCCGGGUCGAGCUCAUGUCUCUGCAGAACCUCUGAUGGAGCAGAUGGAGGUGACGCAGGAGGAGUGGGACAUUCUUUCAUUUGGAGAAGUCCUGAUGCAGAGACACUCCCCUGGGGUCCCCCACGAGGAGACCGAGACCCGUGAGACCCGUGAGGCCGAGACCCGUGAGGCCGAGACCCGUGAGGCCGAGACCCGUGAGGCCGAGACCCGUGAGGCCGAGACCCGUGAGACCGAGACCCAUGAGGCCAAGACCAAUGAGACCGAGACCCGUGAGGCCGAGACCCGUGAGACCGAGACCCGUGAGGCCAAGACCAAUGAGACCGAGACCCGUGAGGCCGAGACCCGUGAGGCCGAGACCCGUGAGGCAGAGACCCGUGAGGCCAAGACCCGUGAGGCCGAGACCCGUGAGGCCAAGACCCGUGAAGCCGAGACCCGUGAGGCCGAGACCCGUGAGACCGAGACCAAUGGGACCGUGACCCAUGAGACCGAGACCCGUGAGGCCGAGACCCGUGAGGCCGAGACCCGUGAGGCCGAGACCAAUGAGACCGAGACCCGUGAGGCCGAGACCCGUGAGGCAGAGACCCGUGAGGCCGAGACCCGUGAGGCCAAGACCCGUGAGGCCGAGACCCGUGAGGCCGAGACCCGUGAGGCCGAGACCAAUGGGACCGAGACCCAUGAGACCGAGACCCAAACCCAUGAGACUGAGACCCAUGAAACUGAGACUCAUCAGACCGAGCAGACCUUGUCGUGUGAACCGCCACAGAACCAGGAACCAGCUCAGAGCUCUUUGACCAAACCAAAGAAGAAGAAGAAGAGAAAGCAGAGACCGGCCCAGGACCUGCAGAGUGGGCUUGAAGUGACCAAGACCCCGGUUGAAAGAUUUUCCACGAGUGAAUCAGAAAAGUCUCCCCGUGUUGCUCCUGCACAGGUGACUUCAUCCAUCAGCGAGUCUCAGCAGGUGAAAACCAUCAGGUAUAACUCUGAUGCCCUGGUCCUGAUCCCAGACCAGACCCCAAUGAAGAGCAUCUCCAUGAACAAGCGAGAAAGGUCUCCCAUAAAGACCAGAUACUCUCCCUCUGAAACCCCGCUCAGGCCUCUGCAGCUGGUCCCAGACCAGGUCCCAGACCAGGCCUCAGAUCUCAUCAUGAAGAACCAUGAGCUCUCCUCUCAGUGGGAGACCAGUCAGAUCCAGGAUCUAGCGUGGGGGGUGUCCAGACAUAUUCUCCAGGACAAAGACCUGUCUCCGACACAUCCUCUGGUGUGA